UUUGCCUCCACAGCAGCAGCAGCAGCAGGAGGCGUAUAUGAUGCCCCAGCAGCAGCUUCAGCCGCAGCAGGCGUAUUUGCCUCCACAGCAGCAGCAGCAGCAGGCGUAUAUGUCCCAGCAGCGCCAGCAGCAGCUCCGCCCUCAAGAGCAUGAAAGCAUGGAGUCUCAGCGUGAUACUGCCCCCAAUAGACCAGAGGGCUUGUUUACAACGAGCUCUAAGCUGCAAGUAACUUCGAAUGCUCCAACAAAGCCGGGUCAAGGAGUGGCUGAACUCAAGCAGGUUGCUCACUCAGCGCAAGUGGCAAUUCUAAAACAACAGCCUGCAAAAAUUUCGCAGGGAUUCGCAAAACAACAGCAACCACUUUCUGGUUCUGUCUCAAAUAGUGCAAAUACAGCGACUGCCCUGGCCCCAUCCAACUCAGUCACUUCUACCGGCCCGAUCAAUGCAGCACCCUUGCUGCAGGAGGCCUCUGUGCAGAAGCCAGGGACUCUGCCAGUGAACACCGCGCUUGCAGGACAGAACCCGAUGCUCGUCGAUGGACAGGCUGCAGAUGUGGGAAGCUUGCAGCGGCAGGCAGCUAAUGAGGCGUCGAAGACGCUUCGCAAGUCGUUGGGCACUGCGACUCCCCAACAGAUGUCGCUCAGGCAGCAGAUGCAACAGCAGAUGCUCAAGAAAGAAGAAUCUGACGCCCAGGGAAUCAACGGAGGCGAGCUGAGCAUGGAUGACCCCGUUGCACAGCUCGGGGUGGACCAGACUGGGUUGAAUGUCGGUAACAGCCUGACGCAUGUGAAGGCUGCGGCGAACCCGCAGCUGACUCGCAUCGGGCUCUUUCAGUGAGCGUGUAAAUAUGGAGGCACAUUGAAUCUUUAAAGUUCC